AUAGAUCCUCAUAUUCAGACAAACGAUUGUGAUGCUCCUGGUGGCCUUCUCGAUGAUUUGCUUAGCCUUGACAGUGCCGGUGGGUUGAACGAAACUCCUCGAUCUGUUAAUGCUGGGCUAAGUGAUCGUUCUCUCGUAGAAUCAGCAGCUUCUACAACAGCUUAUAUUAGAGGUAACCCGGUGGGAUCACUUUCUAAAGGUUCUUCUUCAUCUUCCGCAUCUCUCUCCACAUCUUUCGCUCCCUUCGAAGAGACACUUUCGACCACAGUUUCGCGUGAUCUAGACGUGAGGUCUUCCAAUGCUUUGGAUGGGUCUGGCAAUAUUGGUGGAGGUCCUUGUCUUCCUGGCCCAGCCGGUGGUACUCUACGUUCGGUGCGAGGGGCUCCCCCUUCUCGCUCUGCGGAGGCAACUUCACUUGUUUGUCCUGGUCUUCACUCUUGCUUGGACAAGGAUGAACAGGAAGUCAAGCAAAAUAUUUUGAGUGGGACCAAAUCGGACAUAAUUGGUAAUGAAGACUCACGUCUUGGUCAACUUGUAAGUGGACAUAGUGAGUCUCGAGUGGGCCAUGAAGUAGAAGGAGAAGAGGAUGAUGAUGAAGAAGAUGACGAGGAUAACAAACGCUAUUGUCUAUGUCGAGAGGUUAGCUAUGGAGACAUGAUCGCCUGUGAUGCACCAAAUUGCCCUUUUGAGUGGUUCCAUUACACCUGCGUUGGCUUAACAGUCGCCCCUAAGGGUCAAUGGUUCUGUCCUGAAUGUAUAAAGUCUGGCAAUGCGGUUAUCAAAGCGCCAAAAAAAAGGAGUCACAAACGGUGA